GCGGAAGGCGCAGAUAGCUCGCGGGCGUCCCUCUGAUCAUGGUGCUGAUGUGGUCGUGCUGCCCUCUAGAGACUUUGACCUGGACAAGACCAUCUUCCGGACGCUGGACACCGCACUGGCUCGCCUGGCUACAAAAGAUCGGAUGGGAAUCGAGGUGUUCUGGACAGAGGAUGCAGCACGUCGAAUCGAAGGUGCUUUUGCUGCCCUUCCAGCAGCUCCGCCUCACGAGCAGGCACUGCUGGAUUUCAUGAGGGAUGACUGCGACUUCAGGAUGGAACAUGCUGAUGGUUCAUUCCUCGAUCACCUGCAGUUUUGCUACGAAUACUGCGCAGCUCACUUUGAAGGCCAUUCGCCCCGUGUCUUAUUCUUGCAUAGCAUCAUGGGAGUUGGCACAAAUUAUUUCCCGAUGAAGCUGGAGCUCGUGCCAAAGUUGCAGACGCUCGUGUCGGAUGAG